AUGUCUAGAUCCAAACCCCAGCAGAUCCCUCGGCUCAGUCCGUCCAAUACCCUCUCGCAGACAGAGCGGUGGCAAGCCAUCGCAACCCGCGCCACCGUGAACACCUUCGUUUACGGCGUCAUCACGACCAAAAUAUACUGCCGCCCCUCCUGCCCAGCACGCCUCGCGCGGCGUGCCAACGUCCAAUUCUACGACACUCCCUCCCAGGCCGAGCAAGCCGGGUUUCGGGCCUGCAAGCGCUGUCGGCCGCAUUCGGGCACGGCGGCUCAAAGCAACCCUCACACCGCGCUGGUCGAGCAGGCCUGCGAGUCCAUCCGAAACAGUUUGGCAGAAGGGCUGAAACCGACAUUAGGUGAUCUGGCAGCGCAAGCAGACCUGACACCCAGUCAUUUCCUGCGUGUUUUUAAGAAACGGGUGGGCGUAACGCCGGGCCAGUAUAUCCGCAGUUUGGGGCAGAGCAAUCUGUGCUCACCCGGUUCAUGCACCUCUCUACCUAAUAUUGAUGUAUCAGGGAACGGUGGGACUCUAGAUCUGGAUGGGGCUGGGAAAGGGGUCGAGUUCCCGGGCUGGAAUGAGUUUGAUACCUUACUCGCUUUGGAUCAAAUUUGGGUGCCUGAUUCCUUUGAUUCAAUUUGA